GAGAUCAGCAGAACUGAAGCACAUUAGCUUUGCGUCCAUGUAGCAAUCAAAAACCUAACCCACCGGCUUGUAUCUCAUCUCCACGACCAACACCACUGGGUCGAGGCGACGAUGGACCUCGUCGUUGGCGCCUCCAACGAUGCCGUGAAAUCGCUGGUGAGCAAGCUCGGGAGCCUCCUGGCUCAGGAGUACACCCUGAUCGGAGGCGUCAGCGACGACAUCCAGUACAUCAACGACGAGCUGGCCAGCAUGCAGGCCUUCCUCAACAGGCUCAAGCAGGAGGCCAAGCACGACGAGCAGCGUCAGGACUGGAUGAAGCAGGUGCGGGAGGUCGCCUACGACAUCGAGGACUGCGUGGACAACGCCGGCUACCGCCUCAGCCGCGAGCCCCGGGGGACCGGCAAGCUGGCCUCCCUCAGGCGGGCUUGGUAUCUCCUCACUACGCUGUACGCACGACACUGCAUCGCCACCGAGAUCGGCAACCUCAAGGCUCGAGCGCAGCACGUCAGCGAGCGGCGCACUAGGUAUGGAGUUGAGAACCUGGCGCGAGAUAGCGCUUCAGAGAGAGAAAAUAGCCCCAUUGACCGCCCAGUGCCUCAUCCUCAGCUCAUCGGCACUGUGGCGCCUGUGGGCAUCGAGGGCGCCAAGGUGGAGCUCAAGCCAUGGUUCUUGGAGGUGAAGGAACAGAGUACCAAUGAUCAGCCUAAAUUCCUCGCCAUUGUCGGGUUUGGUGGCCUCGGCAAGACUACCCUUGCCAUGGCCUUGUACCGCGCAUUUGGAGACGAGUUUGAUUGCAGGGCAUCCGUUCUAGCAUCGCAGAAGUUCCAUCUCCAGAUGGUUCUGAGAAGCCUUAUUAAGCAGUUUCACAGCCAGCAGGCUGGUGCUUCCAAGAAUGACAUCGAAGGAAUCGAGGAAAUGGGACUCGAAGCGCUCAAAAACCAGCUCACCCGUCAGCUAGAAGAGAAGAGGUAUCUCAUCUUGAUAGAUGACAUAUGGUCUGUAUCAGCAUGGGAAAGCAUUAGAGAUUCUUUUCGAAAAAGCAAGAAGGGUAGUAGCAUAAUGGUGACUACUAGGUUCAAAUCUGUAGCCGAAGCCUGCCGCCGUCAACAAGGCGAUGUCUAUGAGCUCAAGCCACUCCAUGAUGAUAACUCCUACAAGCUGUUCCGCCAAAUCAUCUCAAGCGCUCCUACUGAUCCCACUAAUGGUACAAGAGCUCUUCUGAAGAAAUGUGGAGGUUUGCCUUUGGCCAUAAUUUUAGUAGCUGGGCUCGUGGCUAGUAAAUUGAGAUUAGAGUCAAACAAAAUCCGUGUAGAAGACCACCAUUUGAGUCAAGAGGACAAGGAUGUAGGUGGUAAGUUGAAGAAGAGUAAGGAUCAAGAAGGCAAGGAUUUCAGUGAGCGUUUGGACAAGGCUUUAGUAGUUGAAGAGUUGGAGAAGAAUAGCCCCCAAGAGGGCAAUGAUAUCAGUAAGAAGUUGGAGAACUUCUUGGACCAAGUGAGCAAUGAUUUAGGUGAAGAGUUGAAGAAAAAUCUCUCAACAGAAGGAGUCUCACACAUAGUGCACCACUGCUAUUACCAAUUGCCUGCUGAACUUAAGACUUGCAUGUUGUAUCUGAGCAUGUUUCCCAAGGGUUGUUUGAUCAGCAGGAAGCGUUUGAUCAGAAGAUGGAUUGCUGAAGGGUUCAUCGCUGAAAAGCAUGGGAAGAUGAUUGAGGAGAUUGCUGAGGAUUGCUUCAAUGAACUCAUUAGCAGGAACCUAACCCGGGCAGUCAACAGCAGCAGCAAUGGCAAGGUGAAGAGCUGCCAGGUCCACGACAUGGUCCUUGAGUACAUUGUCGUCAAGUCAAGCGAUGAGAAUUUCAUCACAGUGGUUGGUGGCCAUUGGCAUACACCAUUUCCAACCUACAAGGUGCGUCGACUAUCUGUCCAAAAGAGUGAUAGGCAGGAGAAGGAAACAAUAGAGAGGAUGAAGUUGUCACAUGUCCGGUCUUUAACAGCAUUGGGGAGUUUCAAAGCUAUUCAUUCUACUCUGUCCAAGUUCCAGAUACUGCAGGUGCUAGAUCUUGAAAGUUGUAAGGAUUUAUCACUGAUGAAUCAGCUUGAGAAAAUAUGUGAUAUGCAUCAGCUGAAGUACCUAAGCCUGCGAAAGACAGACAUUAAGAGAGUCCCAAAAGAGAUAGGUAGGCUGGAAUAUCUUCAGGUACUUGACAUAAGGGAUACAAAAAUCUCGCAGUUGCCUCCCUCAGUUGAGAAGCUACAGCAUAUGGUGCAUCUACUUGCUGGCAGCAAGAGCAAGAGGAUGGGGUUGACAUUAACUGAAGGGAUCACAAAGAUGAUGGCUCUACAAACACUAUCUGGGGUUGAGAUCCGUGGAAGCUCUGUUAAUGCAGCUAGGGUUGGAUCCACUAAUGAAGAAGCUAAGAAAUAUCCCCGAUACAAGGCGGCUAGUACAGGCUCGGCUAAGGGACUGCGUGCCUUGGAGAACCUCACGAACCUGAAGAAGCUCACUAUUUAUGGACUUAUAGACUUUACCAAGAAGGAUAACAUUCUACUAUUGUCUGCCAUUGAGCACCUGAGCAGCUGCUCCCUCAAGUUUCUUGCUAUCAAUGAUGAUUUCACUGAAUUUCUUGACAGCUCGCUCAGUACUUCACAAGCGCCCCCGGAACACUUGAAGACCCUCGGGCUCUCCGGUAAGUUGUCCCGAGUGCCCGACUGGAUCAGCCAUCUGCACAACCUUGAGAAGCUAAUUCUGUCCUUAACCUCACUCAAGGAAAGUACCUUGCCGGUCCUUGGGGGGCUGCCUGAGCUAUUCGCUGUCAUUUUUACACUGGAUAAUUCUGCAAAGAAGUAUUCAAAUGUUCUGCAAAUAUUGAGUAAAAAUGCUAUGGAGUCGGAAGGAAUGAUCUUUGUGCAACCUGGAGGAUUUAAGAGGCUUAAACUACUGCGCUUUGUGACACCUGUGCUGCCACCUCUGAGCUUUCUGGAAGAAGCAAUGCCAAAGCUUGAGAGUCUUGAGCUGAAGUUCAUAAUGGCGGAGGGCAUCUUCGGCCUGGAAAACCUUGCAAGUCUCGGACAGGUGCUCCUGACGGUCAGCAAUCAAGCGUCUGAAGUUGCAAAGGUGAAGGUGUCUCAGAUCAAGGCAUUAGCAAGCAUGAAUCCGAAGCAACCCAGCGUGGUCGUCAACGAGUACAACGACUUAUAAGAGAAUUAGACACAUUUUCAAGGUGAUGUGAGCACGUCAUAGCUGCAUUGUCCACUUCGGCGCAUCUUCCCGAGGCGAUGCAUCUCUCAUUUCAUAAGCUUUUUGUUGGAUGCAAUAUCAUGUGUUCAUUGUAACCUGUUCAUUCUUUAUCAUUCCCAAGUGUGAAAUUGUUGUAUCAAGUUUACUUAUUCCAGUAAAAUAUAUAUGUUGCAUGUUCUGAUGUUCAUGAAAAAUGUGUUUAAUCUGUAAUGAACUUACUCCAGUAUGUUUAUAAAUUUCUGAA